AUGUCCACUGGCGCACUGGAGCAGCUGGAGAUCAUCGAGGGCGUGGAGCUGCCUGGGCACCCGUUAGAUAUCCUAAGUCUGCCGGUGAGUGGGUGGCUGGAUGGGUGAAGGGAGAAAGGUGACCAUGGUUCCUGUGCUUUGAUUUCAGGAGCUUCGCGAGCGUCUGCUGGAGGGCGGCUGUCGUUCACUGAAGCGUUUGGUGUUUCACGUCCCACAGCAUCCGAGACCAUCCGACCCCGACGAGCGCGAUCCUCACUGGUACCCGUCGGUGAUCGGUACUUUGUGGGAGAUCGACGGCCUCAGAUCCCAGCUGCCCGCUCGCAAGAUCAUGGCGCCCAACUGCACCAUCGAGCUGACCUUCCCGGCCGACGGCAUCAGCAUCAAACUCGGCCCUGCCCACGGCCUCCCUCACCCCAGCGCCAUCUCGCCCUUCGUCAUCGGCAAGAUGGGCCAGAUCGCCAGGGCCAUCACGCUCAUCAAGUGGAAGCCUACCACACCCAGACCCGAUGACGAUACUGACGACCGGCACAGCGGCGCCACCGACCCGGCCGCCUUUGCCGAUAUGCACCGAUUCCCAAACGUCAAGGAGCUGCAGAUCAAAUCUGGCAGCAUCGACCUCUCCCAGCACCCUCCCACCUCCCCUGUGUGGUCUGCGCUGCAGCUGCUCCCACAGGACGCCUUCCCGGAGGGCAUGCUGCUGACAGCGGAGGGGCCAGUCGGUUGUGAGGCAGCUCGGCAGCUGGCAUUCACGGGCAAGCUGGCCGGCAAGGUGGCGUCUCUGGCUCUCCAGAGCUUGAGCAGUAGGGAAGCAGUGGAAAAGGGUGAUGUGAUGGGUGUGCUGGAGGCGAUGGGGAGCGGGGAACAGCUACAGGAGGCGCUCCUGUCGGCGAGGGAUCGGGAGGGCCUGCUUCAUCGUCUGGGCGAGAGGGCGGACUACAUACCUGCAAUCCGGCAUCGGCACGUGUCUAUGACUGGUACGUUGCACUGCACGUGCACACAGACGGACGACGCACUAUGUAUGUAACGCAUUCCAUUCCAUUCUAUCCCUUUCGUCAGGCAUUCCAUUCCAUUACGAGCUCCUGGAUUUUGGCUUUCUCCCCCGAGGCUAUGAAUGAAUGAUGAGUGUACUGGUUUUUACGCGUGAGUGACUGGCUGAGAGAUUGAGCGGGAGACCGAGAGCAGCUACAAUACAUUUAACCAGCCAUACCAAUGUCAACAAGUCCG